CUAGUAUUUUAUUGUAGGACUGACAGUGACGGUUUGUCGAAGUCCGGCGUUAGCUAGACGAUAUGGCCUUAUUGUAGAACCAUACUAAUGUGUCGUCGGCAGUUAAGCUGCGUGUUCAACACGUCAACAAACCCCAACAUGUAACUGCGUAAUUUGAUACGUGGUGAGUCGUUGAAUCGGUUUGCAGCAUUGUAGCUUCGUACCGGGGCAGCUCGGCAGCUAGCUUAGCUUACAGAGGUUAACGUUGGUGGAGGGCAGGAGUGAGCGAUGACGGCAGUGAUGAGAAGCAGCCGACUUCCUCGGACCUGUCCGCUUCUUCUCGCCAUCUUCCUGCUGCUUGGUGCUAGUGUACAGCGGGUGACAACAGCUUCUGAAAACGACCCCUAUAGGAUACUGGGUAUCAGCAGGAGUGCCAGUCAGUCAGAGAUCAAAAGGGCGUACAAGACCCUGGCCAAGGAAUGGCAUCCGGAUAAGAACAAGGAUCCUAAAGCUGAGGACACUUUCAUCAAGAUUUCUAAGUCUUACGAGAUUUUGUCCAAUGAGGAGCGGAGGUCUAACUUUGACCGCUAUGGUCAGAUGGAUGAAAACCAGGCCUUUGGCCAGUCACAACAUCACGGUUUCCGCAGCUUCCACAACAGCUUUUACUUUGAUGAGUCUUUCUUCCAGUUUCCCAGGUCCCAGGACUUUGCAGACAGCAAGUACUUGCUUCAAUUUGCACAGUUCAACAGCGAUGUUCUGCCAGACAGCUACAAGAGGCCAUACCUGAUCAAAGUGACUGCUGAGUGGUGCUUUACAUGUAUCCACAUUGAGCCUGUAUGGAAAGAUACAGUGCAGAGGCUGGAGCCACUGGGUGUGGGCAUUGGGAUUGUGAACCUGAGUUAUGAGCGUCGUCUUGCCAGCCAACUCGGGGUUCACCGCGUUCCCACCAUCAUUGGGCUGGUGAAUGGCAGGGUGACCUUCUUCCAUCAGGCUGUGGUACAGGAGUACCUGCAACACUUCAUUGAAGACCUGCUGCCUUACAAACUAGUAGAGAAGGUCACUGAUAGCAACUACCUGGCUUUUCUGGAUGGCUGGCGAGUGGAUAAUAAGCCCAGGGUUAUCUUGUUUGACCAGGUCCCUAUGGUCCCCCUGCUUUAUAAGUUAACAGCGUUCGCCUUCAGAGACUUUGUGCAUUUUGGCUUUGUGGACCAGGGUGACACACACAGCACUCGACUACUGCGGCAGUUCAACAUAAACACGUACGCCCCCACUAUGCUGUUGUUCAAGGAGGACACAGAAAGGCCUGUUGACAUCAUCCAGGCCAGAGGUAUGAAGCGGCAGAUUAUGGAGGAGUUUGUCUCAAACAACAAGUUCCUGCAGGUGCCACGUCUCAUCAACCAGCAGCUCUUUGAUCAGCUGUGUCCUGUAAAGCAGUUUCACAGACGGAGGAAGUAUUGUGUGCUGCUCAUCACAGGAGAGGACCCGGCCUUUCUUCCAGGAAAUAAAGCCUUCCUGGACUUCGCCUCAGCUAACAAAAAAGAUGUUCUGCGUUUUGUGUAUGUCUAUCAGCGUCAGCAGCUGCCUUUCUGUCAAGCACUGCUCCACAAUCAGCAAUCACUCACACCUCAGGUGGUGAUUCUCGAGAGGCGGAACCAGGCUGGCAAGGUCAGCUACCGCUCUGUGAGUGGUGGCUGGAACGGCAGCGAGGAAGACAAGUACCGCCUUCACGAACAGUUGGACCUUCUUCAAAAAGAACCCACGUACCUGAGCUCAGACGCCACCCUGCCCGAACUGAACAACGAGAUGGCUCCCAUGUUUUUUAUUCGAUGGAUGAAUGCUGCCUAUGAUUACAUCCUUCAACUUUAUGAGGACCUUCUUUACUCAAACUGGCGAGGGAUGAUGCCCAUCCUGUCCUUGAUCUUCUCAGCUCUGUUCAUUCUUUUUGGUACAGUCAUCAUUCAGGCUUUCAGUGAGCCAGGUGAGAACAAACCCCAGAAACCGAAGCCAAGGGAGCAAACCCAAACUGAGGAAGAUGCAUCCAGUAGAACAAAUACCUCAAGCCGUCCUCCUAAGAAGGACUUUGUGGAAGUGACAGAGCUGACAGACAUAACUUAUACCAGUAACCUGAUCAAACUCAGGCCUGGCCACAUCAAUGUUGUCCUCGUACUCACCAAUGCCUCCAAGAAUGCCUUGCUCAGGAAAUUUGCCAAAGAGGUUUUCUCUUUCUCUGGAACUCAAACUCUGCAUUUCUCCUUCCUAAACGCUGAUAAGCACCACCACUGGAUGCUGUCACUCCUUCGCUCAGCCUCCGAUAUUGCAGAGAGUGAGGUUCAGUUCGAUGACGAUGAGGAGUCUUCUGAUUUUACUGGCCAUGUCCUGGCCCUCAAUGGCCACAAGAGAUACUUCUGCCAUUUCAGACCUGUCUUCACGGGGGACAACUCCAGUGACUCGUCAUCUGAGACUUCAUUCUCUGACACGAAGAGAAAUUCACGCUCCAGGUCUAGAUCCAGUUCCCACUCUCGUUCCCGGUCCCACUCAAGGGAGGACAGGGCAAGCUUCAAGAGAGGCUCCAGCAGAGCCACUAGCAUAGAUGUCCACCAUAAGCUUGACCGGCUGGGACUGUGGAUGGAGAGGCUAAUGGAGGGUACCCUGCCCAGAUUUCAGGUUCCUAUGUGGCCUUCUCUUGAUUAAAGCACUAAGACGUCCUGUUAGAGAGCUGAGGUGAAAGUUUGCUAGAAAUGGAAGCAGAUAUACUCUAGUUUCAUCUCCUCUUUAAGUUCUGUAGCACGAAAACUGUAUCAAAGUUGCAGUUGUCAAAUCCUUAAGGUUUUUUUUUACAGACGCGGGUUGCUACUCUAAAGCUGUUGAACACUCUGAGCAACUUGUUUACAGAAUGUCCUCUUUUAUCUGUCAUCAUGUGGAGCAGACAGAAAUGAUUGACUUAGAGCAGUGUGCUCCCAUAAACCCAUAAUGACAUGACAUGACAUGAGCGCAUGGUGGUCAGAGCGGCUCAGCCGUGUGGCUCCGUCUGUCCUCUGAGACAAAAAGCAAGAAAGCUGUGAUGUGUUGUAAAAAUGUCAAAAAGUCACAGAAAUGAAGGAGUGCAUGUUGUUAGCUAGGUCUUUAUUGGCUUUCACCUUCUGUCUCUGUUCGUUAAGGGAAGUCAAGGGAUUUGCAAAUUUCGCUGAAUUGAAUAUCUUCCUAGAGCUGCUAAGGUGCGCUUUCAACCUGAACACAAGCUUAGUAUUGAGAAGUUCUGUUAUAACUGUGACCCUUCCCACAACGGCCCAGUGGGGAAGGAUUCUGCUCCCGUAUAGACUUCGACCCAAGUCACUAUAAACAAAGGCAAGCUGAGUGGGCGGCACGUUUACUGUAAGAGCUUUCAGCUGAACUACACAGCAUGAUAAGCAGCAAUAGUCAACUUAGCCUCACAACUCCAUUUAGAGCUCAUAAAUUAGAAACCUAAACUUGCAUCCUAAUGGUUUUGGUCCUCAUGUCUUGCUUCUGUUUUGUUGAGACAUCAUAAUUAACAAGCCGAAUCUUUAAAUGGUACAGAGAAGGUGGAAUUCUGCCUUCAUGUCUUUGUUUUAUGCUUUGUUUGAGGUCAGAUUUAAAUAUUUUUCUUUGUCUGGAUGCUGAAUAAAAAGGAAAGCAUAAAUCCUACAAUAUGUUCCUAUCCUGCAUAUUUUAAGUCUGAGCCCUUAAACUGCUGUAAAUCUUACUGCAUGAAAAAAAGUAGAGCUGAGUUCACUAAUAAAUACUGAGUGAAUUUGCACUGGCAAAUGGUACGACAGGCUGAUGUUACUUACGUCUCGUCUCGUUCAUCUCCUUUUAAUUUGCUGCUAAACUAAUGAUAUCUGCGCUGGAGUUUGCUGUUAUUCAUGAUGUUUUAUGUUCUUUGGCAUUUUUUGUCAUAAAAUAAGUUUAACUCAUCACUCAUUGCAGGAAACCACAUCUUAAAAGUUUGUCUAAUAAAACAUUUAUUUAUUAAAAUGUUUGAAAUAUUUGA